ACUCAAGGAGGGAUGAUAGCGUGCUGUGCAUCAUUGAGUCUGAUUGAGUCACGCGAAAAUCUUAAAAGAUGAAUGUUCGAAAUCAACUGAUUUUAUUUCUUCUCUGGUUCUUUUACCUCACCAUUGGAGUGCUAAUUUUUAGAGCUGUGGAACACGAUGGCGAAGGAAAGCAAGAGAAAUCCAAAGAGCAACGGCUAAAGAUAGCCAAAGACAAAAUAACAUCCGCGUACAACAUGAGCGAAGCAGAAUUCUACAAUAUUGUGCAGCAUAUUGAGGCAGCUUCGUCUUCGAAUGGCGUACCAGAAUGGAGCUAUCUCGAUUCUGUUUCUUUCGUGAUUCAACUUGUGACAACAAUAGGUUAUGGUAACAUUACUCCAGUGACAAAUGGCGGUCGUGUGUUUUGUAUAAUCUUCGCUUUCUUUGGAAUCCCGAUAAACAUUAUGUUUUUGCAGUCCGUUGGUAAAGGCUUGCGUGAAGUCGAAAAAUUUCUCAUCACGAAAUUCGAAAAACGCUGCCUGAAGAGGAAUGAAAAGCCGAAAUUCCUAAAUGAAAAAUGUUCUCUGUGUGCAGUUGUGCUCUUCGUUACUUUGUUACUUAUUUCUGCGGCUGUCCAACAAACGAUUGACGAAUGGACAUUUUUGGACGGUUUUUACGCCUAUUUCAUCACGUUUACAACAGUUGGAUUUGGGGAUAUGAUACCAGGAGACAGUUCAACAGAACAUCGCGUCAGGAACACAGUAAUUCGUAUCGUGUUCAUCAUCCUGGGUUUAAUGGCCAUGUCGAAUGUACUGAUCGCGGUUAUGGAGUCUACUGAAUGUCUACAAUAUUUGAAAACUUACAUGAAUUUUUGCAGAAGAGGGGAAAGUGUUGAUAUUCCUGAAACAAAGGAGAGCGGUGGUGGAGUAGAGUUAACUGAAUACCGUAACGAAGAUCCGAAAAACAACGAUUCGCAGCUUGCAGCGCCAAUAUGAAGUGUAUUGAGAGAGGAUCAUUUGAAUACUACAGGGUGAAA